GGAGCGGCGUCUUUGAAGUGGUUUUUCCUGUUGUCGUUGUUUUGUGCCGUCGCUCUUCGUACCCUCCCUGCGAGGGCCCCAUCCCUUCGGAUGGCGUACGUGCGGAAUGCAGGACUGAUGGUGUCUGGCUGUCAGAAGCUCGGGCGAUGACGUAGAUGACGUAGACGCGAAAGUAGGCUGUUCCUUCUGCAUAAGCCAUGGUAUCGAACUGACAAGCCGGCUUUUUCGUUCGUGAAAGAACAGAAUAAACACGGGAGGACUUCCUAGGAACUAGCAACGUGCCUUAUUGGACCAAAUCUAAGACGAGGAUGUCUCCCGGGGAGGACAGCGAGAAGACCGUGCUCCGGCAGUGUAUGCAGGCCCGAUCCCAGCUGGAGACCGCCAUUGCUGGGGUGACACGAGCCGAGGCCACCCUGAGGGACAACUCCAGAGAGGUGAAGUCCCAGCUCCACAGCUGCAUCAGCAGGCACCUGGAGUUCCUGCGCUCCCGCGAGGUCUGGCUGCUCGAGCAGAUCGACAUCGUCCAGCAGCUGAAGGAGGAGUCUCUGCAGCAGCAGAUCCAGCAGCUCCACUGGCUCCGGGGUCAGUUUGACAUCCUCAUUCACCAGCUGGAGAAUUCCCACAGCCACGACCUGGCCAAUCAGCUCACCAGCUGCCUGGAGAAGUUGUCCUCUCUGAGCCUGAGACCCGAGGAGACCCCUGAGAUGAGCUUCCAGGCCGACGUGCGCUCCCUCAGACAGGCCAUUACCUCGUUUGGGACCAUCGCCACACAGCAGAUGGAGGUGACCCCGAGCAGCAGUCCUGAGAGGUCCUGGCUGCAGCAGGGCUGUCCCGUCGCUGUGAAGAAACAGAGGCUGGAGCCAGAGUGGGGAUCACCGCUGGCUGAUUGGCUGCUCAGGAGCCAGCCAGCAUCCGGCGACCCAGUUGGAUACCAGUCCAGUAAGAACCCUCAGGAUUGGCUGGCCAGCUCAGGGGAGAAGAUCCAGGCGAGUCGUCCUCUGGCAGCCUUUGACUUCCACAAGGCCUGGGGCCAGCUCAAAGACCUGGAGGCCUGGCUGAUGGGUGAGAAGACCCCCGCCAGGGAGAGGACCAUGAGCAACGCCAGCACCACCUCCACCUUCUCCAUCGAGAAGAUCGACGAGUCCGAGUUCAACCUGGGCACGGAAGGAGAGGAGGAAGAAGAGGAGGAGGAGGAGGAGGAGGAAGGAGUGGAAAAGGGGCAGAAGGAGGGGGGAGAGGAAGAGGUGUCCGAGGCAGAGGAGAUGGGCGACUGGCUCAUGACGCCGCCCCCUGGCGGCGCGGGGGAGCGCAGCGACGCGGGCCGGUGGAAGCAGGUGUUCCGGCCGUUCCAGGAGGGCUUCCGGGCGGGAGACUGGCUGGGCAAGGCGGACUGCGGCUCGUGCUGUGCCACGCGGGCCAAGGCGGUGGAGAUCGAGAACCUGGGCCUGCUGAAGUGCCUGAAGCAGAGCCCCCCGGCCUCGCCCGCCCCGCCCGCCCUGCAGGUGUGGCUCGCCCAGGCCCCGGCGCCGCCCGUCGCCGUGGAGCAGGUGUGCAAGGCCAACGAGCCGUGCGGCAGCUUCUCGCAGUGCGUGUGCGAGGAGAACUGCGGCCGGGAGGCCCUCAGCGCCUGGCUGCACAGGCAGGAGGGCCUCGACAAGAACGGCAAGGCCGGCCCCAGGGCCCCGCCCACCCCGCAGCAGCAGCAGAUGGAGGCCAUCCUGGAGGCGUGGCUGCACCCCAGCCGGGGGGUCUCCCCCUCCCCCUCCCCCUCUCCCGCCCCCGCCUCCCUGUCCGCCUGGGUCUGCCCCUCCGCCCGCAGCCAGGAGAAGGCCAGCCGCGAGGAGUCCAGCUCCCAGCCUGAGAACCCCUUCCGCAGGCCCCUGCAGUCCGACAGCUGGGUGUUCCCUGCCAAGACGCGCGCCCCCCCGGCCAAACCGCACUGCCCCCCCGCCGACACGCCCGCCAACCCCGACCCCGAGGAGGACAAGUGGCUCCUACGGAAGAGGGCCCAGGCACAGGAGCGCUAUGGCCUUCCUACAGUAUGUGACCUCUUCGCCUGUAUGAAACUGGGUGGAGACAAAGAAAAGUGGCUUCAUAGAGCUCCUAUACAGAUGUGAAUACUGCAGUAAUUAGCUAUUGAAGAUUUAAUAAGGAGCCACUGAAUCGCUGAUCUUCGCACACAUCUCCGAUUGCCUUUCCUUGCUGCUCUACAGGGACCUGUACAGUCUCUUUCUCUCUCUCUCUGUCACUCUCACUUUCUCUCUGGGCUGUGGUGUAAGGUGUAGGCGCACAUGGAGAGAGGGUCACCGUGAGCCACUAAUCCGGUCCGACACGGCAAAAUCCUCUUUUGACCGAGGAGAGGGGUUGGCCCAAGGUCUCACAACAGCCUGUCCCGAUGGAUUCUAAAUAGGCCAACGAUCUGAACUAAGUUAAAUAUUUUCCACGAAGCACAUGAAAGAUCUGAUUACUGCUCACGUGUGGCCAAGCUCUCAAGAAUCUGCUUUGGGGGAAAUAAAGAAUUGGAUGGGAAGGAAAUGAAAUCUUUGAAAUAUAUUUUAUUCAACCAUCUUAAAAAGGCUUGUUUGGAUGGAAUAAAAUGCAUACGUUUAUUUUAACGAACAAUCAUUUUAAAUGCUUAUUUUUACGGCGCGUUAAGUUUUUCCAAUUUACAGCAUAUGGGGAUAUUUAGCUAUUUUUACUACUCUGCGCUACAAGGGUGGAAUGUAUGUAUGGAAACCCGCUCCUUAUUUUAACAUAGUUUUUUUCUUUUCAAUCAUUUUGUGCCGUAGAAACGGGCUGAAUUCUAGUUCCCUGGCCUUUCCAGUUCUUUCUCAGUCGGUGUCCUUUAAUGUUCUCCCUAAAUUGGCUCAAAACAUUAAAUAGAUUAAACAGGAUAAAAUUGUUGAGAUUGCUCCGAAAGAGUCUUCCCCCCAUAAAUGAUGAUACGAUACAGAACAUAAGCUAAAUCCUGGCAGGCGUAGGCUAUGUUUGGAAACUAAACCACUUUGUUUUUAUUUUAAUUUUAUUGUGCGCCUAAUAGUUUGUCCCAUUGUGUUUGGUGGGCCAGCAGAGUUGCAAGAACCAACACUGGGCAGUGAAAGCCAAGCACGCGGGUGGAGAGUGGGAUCAGAACGGUGCUGUUUCUGACCGCAGGCGUUCACCCUGUGCAUCUUCUGACAUCUCUGCGUAGGUUCAUCUAGAGAGCCAGGCCUCCGCACGCGAGAAAACGAACCUUUUGCCACGCAGUCAUUAAAGGCAUUCGACAUCAAUUAUUUAACCACAGAAAUACGACGUUUCUUCGCUAAACGCUUCCGUGUGUAUGUCUCUGCGUAACUGGUAACGUGUUUGAAUGAUCGAGUACAUGUUUGUAUACGACUGGGGGAGAGCGGAUGGAGGACAGUUUUGUAAAAAGUUCAUAACUUUAGACUUGCCAAGAUCGGUGCGGAAGCUUCCAGAAUCAGCUAAACGGUGCUAUGAGGGACCUUCCCUCCGUUUGACCUGAAAGCCAGCGGUAUUCUCAAGGGUCCCAUUUGGGACGGGAUCGCUGGCCUGUGUUAGGCCACAGUGGUCAAGAUUUGGAGUUAGUCCACAGGACUGCCUGGGACAGCGUCGCCAUGGCAAUGAGUGACUGGGCAUUCCUCUUCUCUUCCUCCCCCACCCCCCGAUUCCAUAUACUCUAGCAAGCCAAUACUUUGAGGUGACAUGUACUAAGUGCUUUGAGCAUCCUUAAUAUUAGCUAGAGGUCUUCACAUUCUUGCUAUAUGUGUCUUCCUUUCCACUGAUGUUAUGUAUGUGUAACAUAUUUAACUCAAAUAAAAACUAUGAAAAAAAAAAAAAA